CGUCAGUCGGUAAGCAAAUUCCAACAUGGAGGAUCUCGUAGCUGUAGAGAAGAGCCCGGAAGACAUGCCUGCAACACUGAGCUCCAGACCCCAGACAGGGCUGUCCUUCCUGGCACCUGAACCAGAGGAUCUCGAGGACCUGUACAGCAGAUAUAAGAAGCUGCAGCAGGAGCUGGAGUUCCUGGAGGUGCAGGAGGAGUACAUUAAGGAUGAACAGAAAAACCUAAAGAAGGAGUUUCUCCACGCUCAGGAGGAGGUGAAGAGGAUACAGAGCAUCCCUCUCGUCAUUGGCCAGUUCCUGGAAGCUGUUGACCAGAAUACGGCUAUUGUUGGCUCCACUACAGGGUCCAACUACUAUGUGCGCAUUCUGAGCACCAUCGACAGAGAGCUGCUGAAGCCCAAUGCUUCAGUGGCCUUGCACAAACACAGCAACGCCCUGGUAGAUGUGCUCCCUCCUGAAGCUGACAGCAGCAUCAUGAUGCUGACGUCAGAUCAAAAGCCAGAUGUGAUGUAUGCUGACAUUGGUGGUAUGGAUAUCCAGAAGCAGGAAGUCAGGGAGGCAGUGGAGCUGCCACUUACUCACUUUGAACUCUACAAACAGAUUGGUAUUGACCCACCCAGAGGUGUCCUUAUGUACGGACCUCCCGGUUGUGGUAAGACCAUGUUGGCCAAGGCUGUGGCUCACCACACUACAGCUGCGUUCAUCCGUGUGGUUGGCUCUGAGUUUGUUCAGAAGUAUUUGGGUGAAGGCCCUCGUAUGGUGCGUGACGUCUUCCGGCUGGCGAAAGAAAAUGCUCCCGCCAUCAUUUUCAUUGAUGAGAUUGAUGCCAUCGCCACUAAGCGCUUUGAUGCACAGACUGGAGCUGACAGGGAGGUGCAGAGAAUCUUGCUUGAGCUGCUUAAUCAAAUGGACGGAUUCGACCAGAACGUCAACGUCAAGGUGAUCAUGGCCACCAACAGAGCAGACACACUGGACCCAGCCCUGCUACGUCCUGGUCGUUUGGACAGAAAGAUUGAGUUCCCCCUGCCCGACCGCAGGCAGAAACGUCUCAUUUUCUCCACUAUCACCAGUAAAAUGAACCUCUCCGAGGAGGUUGACCUGGAGGACUAUGUGGCCAGACCAGACAAGAUCUCUGGAGCUGAUAUAAACUCCAUCUGCCAGGAGGCUGGCAUGUUGGCAGUGCGUGAGAACAGGUAUAUCGUCCUGGCCAAAGACUUCGAAAAAGCCUACAAGACCGUGAUCAAGAAGGAUGAGCAGGAGCACGAGUUCUACAAGUAGAGAGAAAAACUACAGUGUCUAGACACACAAGUUUAUUAUUGAUUUAUGUCUGUGUCUGUAUCUACAGUGUGUCUUUUGUGGAUUUGUAGUCCCUGAACAACAUCGAUUUUUGGACUAAAUUUACUUCAGCACACGGCCUGAUGUCAGAUUAGCCCUGUGUCUCCAGCCUUGAGAAGACAUCAUGUGAUGGAGUGUUUUUUAUACAGGCACUCGUCCGGUUCCUAAAGAUAUCGGGCCUCGACUGUAGCUAGGAUAGAACAUUUAUAUGUACUCAACUAACAAGACAUUACUUAAAAAAUCCAUUAAAGUUUUCCAUAAAAAACAUG